UAAUAAUAAUAAUAAUCACUUUCAAGAAUUAUCAAUCACAAAAUUUCUGUAAUCCAGUAGAGUAAUGUCUGUAUUUCAUGAUGAAGUGGAAAUUGAAGACAUGGAAUAUGAUAAAGAAACCGAAACAUAUUCAUAUCCUUGUCCAUGUGGUGAUCGAUUUCUAAUUACCAAGGAAGAUUUAUUAUCCGGUGAUGAUAUAGCACGAUGUCCAAGCUGUUCCUUGUAUAUACGUGUUAUCUAUGAUAUGGAAAAUAUACUCCCUGAUCUAAAAGAAUCAUCAUCAGCAGCAGCAGCUGAAAUAAUGGUUUCUUAAAUAUUUUGUUUUUGGAGUGUAUUUGUUGCAGUAAUGAUGAUUGUAAACAAUUCGGUUGACAAACAUUCUUUUCAGUCAUGUUGCGUUUAUGAACCCUCAUGUAAACUAUGCCAUUUCCUUUGUUGGUGGUGGUUCAUGGAGGAGAAACUAACUUUCAAUCUAUAUUUUUCUAUUUUUGCCUUUAUCAAAUAAAUUUUCAUUGAUCUGG